AUGCCUCGCAAUCGCAUUAAUUUUUCUGAUCCCAACGCUGCGGAAGAGUUUCAAUGCCGACGCUACGCAAGAGCGUCAAUGCCGAUGCUAUGCAAGAGCAUCAAUGUUCGCGAAACAGCGUUAAUGUAUCCUGCAUUACCGUGGUUGUAUCGUGUACUCGCCGCUGACAAGCGCCAGAUAUCUUGGACGGCGUCUACUCGACCUAGGGAUGCUUCGCAAAUGCAUCAAUGUCACGCGCUCCCGGACUCGCUCCAUGACGCGGAGAUCGGGCAGCCUCAUGCUCAGCGUCCAGCUUCGCGCCCUGCACUUAUCGAUGCCACGAGUAUCAAUGUCAAUGCCACGCAAGAGCAUCAUGCCGAUGUCGAGCAAGAGCAGCAAUGUGCGUGCAACAAGAACAUCAACUUUCCGCGAGCUCGCCCAAUGUUUCAGAAUUCGGGAAGCUCAAUGAUUUCUCGGGUGUCGCCUCUUGACCAAGUCGACGCGCCUUCAAUUCGAACGGUCAUCUCAAUCUUCCGAGCCGUCAAGUGGCAAUGUUCAAAGGGAAGCUCGCUUGUCGACAGGGUUCUACCUGGUGCUUUCGUUCUCGACAUCGACGUAUUCAGCCUCGACUUCGACCUGCUAUCCUUGCCUUCGACAGUCGACCUCCGGCCUUCUAUCCACGACAUCGAUCGCCAAGUGCAUCCGAAGGCGAGAGGCGAGGUAGAAGACCAAGUACCGCGCGGCAGCGCAACGAUUGUCUUCAACACGGCCGCGCAAUGCAUUUAUCUCGCGUGAUAGCGCAAUGAAUCUCGCCGCCGCGACGUCGCAAUGGGGCCGGCAGGCCAAUGAGGUCGUCGGACCAAUGAUCCCUUUGGUCGGCAAUAUUCAACCCCUUUCUGGACAAAGGGCUGCGGUAUCUUGCCCAAGGACUCCAUCAGCGCCCAAGUCGCAAUCUAAUAUGCCUCAAGCUCAAGUCGCC